CCUUAUAAGUACUGAAUAACAAUAAGACCAUGGAGCACCCAAUCAAACGACGGCGGAAGAGUGCAGUGCUCUUCUUGGAUCUCGAUGGUGUCUUGCAUUCAGUGGAGGCGCCCGAGGAAGAGUUCUUCAACCCAGAGGCGCUGCUGCAGCUCCUGCGGGUGGUAAAAGCUGCCGAUGCACGGGUGGUCUUGUCCUCGAGCUGGCGGCUCAAGCCUCAGCAGCGUCAGCAGGCCACCGAGGCCUUGGGCGCCUUCGACGAGCUCCUGCGGCCCAGCGACGCAACCAAGGACCUCCGGGAUCGCGAAGCUGAGAUCCAAACUUGGCUGCAGGAGAACAAGGCUCAGAUGGAUCGAGUCCGCAAAAUCGAGCUUGAGGUCUGGCCCAAGAAGGAUUGGUUGGUCUUGGACGACCUUCCACUUGACUUGCCCUUGGAGCACCUGGUGAGGACCGAUCCCUUUCUGGGGCUGACCGCAGGGAAGGCUGACGAGGCAAUAGAGAAGCUGCGGAGCAUGAGACAGAGUCUUCCAGUACCUCAGCGAUCUCAGAAUUGACUGACACGCUCACCCAUCAACCACCCAACGGCACCAUAUCGUUUUCUCCUGAACCAGCGCUUCAGCAUCUACUCGACUGCCAGCAUCCACUCCUGCCUACAGCGACUGCGCGGGGUCGAGAAAAAGCGGCCGAUGGGAGUUCAAGUGCAGCAUGACUCGAAGAGCUGGCGGCCAUCUUCUGCUCGAGCUGCGCGUCGCGCGGGCGGCUGAAUCCUGCUGCAUCGCCACAGGCGUGCAUCGAGACAGGUCCCCAAAAGGGGACCUACCGUGCG